GGGGGAUAUCACACGCCUCGAGAGAGGACCUGGACAAGGAGCACCAAACGAUCGCCGGACGGUGCUGAGCAACGUGGUUGACUCCUUCCGUUUCUCCGUGCUCUCCAGUCGAGGAACCAACCAGUCAGGACUCGGCUGUCCUGUCGACACGACACGCGAUCCACGCGAUCGAUCGGAAACAUCACGCGGGACACCACGAUCGCCCCGCCGAAACACCUUCCGCAUCCACGAUACCACGCCACCGUCACCGUCACCGACCGGACAGGAUACACGACGGUCGCGCGUGCAACAUCCAUCGAUUACACGAUCGUAGGUGCAUCCGUGAAGAUUGGUCGUCGCGUGGCCCUAGAUCGUUUCAUCCGUUCGAGUGACGACAGUUUCGCAAGGAGGACUAUCUCUAGUCAAAAGCACGGAAACAGGACACACAGUUCUAGGAUAAUUAUCCCGUUCCACGUCGAUUCGGUGAUCCGGAUGACCUAGAAACGAUCCGCUGGAACAGCGUUUGUCGCGUGACACGCACCGAAAGCGAGGGAAGCGCGUCGCGAUCUGUCGCUCGAACACGUGGUCGCCGCCGCGCCGCCACGAGGCACGCUCUUGGAACGCAGAUUCCCGUCGCGGAGCCUCGCAAUCACCGUCAGGAUGUUCGAUCGGACGUUUCGAUCUGGAUACUCGUAGAAUAACGAUCCGCGGAUGAUCGAUGAACGAAGAAGAAGAAGAGUGCUCGAGUGUGAGGAUAGUGUGCCGUUGUUGAAACCGGAGUGCCUCCUAUUUUUCCUCUUCGCUUUCUUCUACCUCUUCUUCUCUUCCUCCCUCGACUGACUGACUCUAUCUUCUCUUUCUCUCGCGUGGAGCUGUGGUGAACUCGUCGAACUGUUACGAACGCGCGAUCAAGGGGGAAAAAAGGAAAACGAGUUUGAUCGAACGGGGGAAAAAUCGCAACGAAACAAGUGGGGAAAGUGAGAAACCGUUCACCGGAAGUGCAGCCAACUACUACCCCCGGCUUCAAGGUCAUGGAAUGACGCAUAAGAUCAUUCCGAGCGACGAGCAGGAGCAAAGCCGAGGGUGACAGAAGCGGUGUGAUGAGCGGAUAUCUCGGUAACAUUCCCCUGCCCCCAACGUUGUUGCACGACCCGAAGUACCCUCCAGCCAUGCGGGAGAAAGACUCGAGUCCGAGAAAAAUGCCGGGCCACAUCAGCCCGAAGCAAGCCAGCAUCUAUCCGUUGAGCGUUCGCGUGCCGGACGUUGAAGAAUUGCCAUACGAUUUGAGCCACGGCCACGGUCGUGGCCUGUCGAGUCCCACGAAUCAACAGCAACACCGGCAACAGCCGCAUAUGAGUCCGGCGGCUAGACCACCUCAAUCUCAUCAUCAGGAGGAUCUCGACUGCGAACCGUUGGAUCUUCGCGUCGAUCACAAGAAGGAAAGACUCACGGACGAGAAUCAGAACGAGAUAGAGGUUCUGAAUCAAAAUAGUCUCGGCGGAAGUCUUCCCUAUCAUACGGUUCUGUUUCCUCAGCAUCAUGCCGUUCAUCCGUUGGUCCUCGAAGCCAUGUACCGGUCGCACCAUCACAGUUCGUCGGUACCAGAUCUGCCUAAAAUCCAAGUGCGAGCGUUACCGACCAUGGUACCAUUGCCACCGAACAGAUUCUCUUCCACCACUUCCUCCACGUCGUCCUCUUCCUCUCAGGCUGCCGCGAGAGUUCCGAGUCCCUCGAGUGGCCAGCAACAUCAGCCACAGCAACAAAGUCACUCGAGUCAACAGCAGCAGCAGCAACAGCAGCAGCAACAACAAGCUUCCAAUCUUCCACCUUACUCCAUCAGCGUUCAAGCCGGUCUAAAGCCGAAGGACAGAUACUCGUGCAAAUUCUGCGGUAAAGUGUUCCCGAGAUCGGCGAACCUGACGCGGCACCUGAGGACGCACACCGGCGAGCAGCCGUACAAGUGCAAGUACUGCGAGAGAAGCUUCAGCAUCUCCAGCAACCUUCAACGUCACGUCAGGAAUAUCCACAACAAGGAAAAGCCGUUCAAAUGUCCGCUGUGCGAACGAUGUUUCGGACAGCAGACCAACCUGGACAGACACUUGAAGAAACACGACGCCGAUGGCCCAACGAUACUGGACGAAGUUAGAUCGAGGUACCACGGACAAUUGCCGAGAGCGGACGAGUCUUACUUCGAAGAGAUUCGCAGUUUCAUGGGCAAGAUCACCUCGCAGAGACAAGGAAUACCGUACUUCCCUGGUCUGCUGGGUCAUGGAGGAGACGAUUUCAGGAACGACAAACAACAACUUCAGCUGGAAGAGAAGAGAGGCGAUUCUUCCUACUUCAGCGACAGGGAUAACCUGAGCUCGAGGUCGAGCAGCACCGCCAGCAGACCCGAGAGCGUGCAAGAGGAGCAACGAGAAGUUAAUUCCCCGCCAUUGUCCCCUGGAAAUAACACCUGAGUCGGGGAAUCCGAUCGUACGUCCGACGAUUCCUCAUCGGGUACGAUUAAUUAGACAUCGAAGUAUCUCCGAAUCGAUACGGUUCCUUGGGAUUCCAAGUUUCGUCGAUACGUCGCCAUCCGUUCGGUGGACGACCGAACCCAUCGCUCGUGAAUAGCGGCCCGUUUACCCGAGGACAAAGUAUCGAUCUUACCGUUGACGAAUUACUUUUACGCAACGGACUUGUUUCGCUAAUUUUACAUUCUCGUGUAAUUCUAACUCUUGGUAACUAGAAUUCAUCGUGUUCAGACGUUGAUCAAACGAAGAGGUGCCUUACAGAACGUGCCUGAAAUGUUUUCCGAAGUAUUUGAUGCGCAGAGACUUACAAUUAGCCGAGGCGGACGAUAAAACUCGACUUUAAGUAGUAUCUUAGUACCAUUAGACGUCAGAUUAUUACGUUCCAGUAGGGCAAGGUGGACUAAUAAAAUACGUGCAAUUCCGUUCUUAAAUUAAUCGACAAGGCAGUGUUAUGGAAGGAACUAUACUAUCGUCGAUCGAAGACAAAAUUUUAUAUAAUUCUAUAAAGUACAAUAACCUUCUGUACUUUGAAGAUUAAUUUACACGGAACGUGUAUAAACGCGCGAGGGCUGACAAACUGUAACUCAAUUCUCGUCGUAUUCGUCCUCUUUUCUCGUCCAAAAUUCCGUUUUCAAAAUUAGCAAGUUAGCGGAAUCGCGUAGCUACUCGUUAGAAUAUUUGCUGCUCGAUUCGAAGGGCAAAGCUAGAUAAUUUCCAGCGACUGUUGCCAGGAACAGCCAGGAGACGAAAUCGUCGAACAAUACCAAGCACCACGGGGGAAAUACCGAAUGGCUGAAAACGACGCUUCGCGAUUUUACGACCUAGAAAGUGAAUUUUAACCACUCCAUCGCCUCGAUCCUAAUCCGCGGUGUCGAUCACCGACGACCGACUAUGAAAUAGAAAUCGAUGGGCGGAUCCGUGCGGUCGUCGAUCGUCCUCGGCCGGAAAGAACGAGAAACUCGAUGCCCGCGACACGAGUCGUUAAGUUCUUCGUUGAGUUCGUCAUCGAGGAAGUUGGAGACGCGACGUCAGAGCGUGGAACGGUUUUCAUAAAGCAAGAAAUCAUCGAAAGAACGGGCAUGUCUUGGCAUUCGAGUUGUCCGCGGAUCGUUAUAGCCGUCCGUAUCGUCGACUUUCAUUUAUCGAAUUAGAAAAGUUGAACGAGCAGAAAUUACGCAAAGUUUAAACCGAUGAAACGAUCAUGCAAAGAUGAAACGGAUCAAAGGAUUAUGCAAAGACGGAGAAAUUAACGGCGCACUUUAGGAUGAAUCUUAUAUCGAAGAUAAAUAACACCGAAUACGUGGGAAAACACGCAGGAAAAGCAGCUUCCUGUAGCCGACCAUUACCAGAACGACUCGAUGAAGCUGGUAAAGGCGCCAUCGGCCGGAUCCCACACGAUCCUACGUGCCCCUGGUUUCCUGCGGAUGAUCGCUGGUAACCGUACCCGGGGCGAAACGAUCCGAUCGCUUUCCGUUCGUGGUUACGAAUUCAUCUGAACUUUCUAAUCGACGCGAGUGUACGGGUGGCGUUUCGACCUUGGGAGUAAGCGGGACCCGCUUCGAUUAAUUACGCUCGAUCUAGAUCGAACAGCCGGCCAACGGAGUACCGUACGAACGCUUCUAAAAUUGGCACCGGAUGGUUACGUGGGCGACUCGUAAUCCGCUAGAAAUCCGGCUGGUGGAAAGUUGGACGUUUUUUGCACUCAUCUUGCACGGAUUGAAUGAAAUUGGCCGGGUUUCGUAUUUACGACGCGGUGGAUCAUUGAGCAACGACUGGGUGAUUGGCAAGAGAGGAAACUCGGUGCGAGAAACGUGGAAUCACGGUACCAAAGAUCGAAACGCUAGCGAAACGAAAAAUUCCGCGAGAAGAUUAGCGAGGAAGGAAUUUCGCUUCGGAAACAUGGAAAUUAGGGAAAUUAAAGCGCACGAGAGUAGAGGGAAGCGAGUGGAAAAGCGAGAGGGAGGUUGGAAGCGAUGGAAUCGGCUGCCGGCACGGUACUAGGUGGCAAUUUAUCGGUACUUUCUACCAUGUACCGACAUUCACUGUAAGUAGCGCAGGUGCAGAGGUGCACGAUAUGGCGAACCACGCGGUCAGGAGAUCAUCUUGACCUUGGUAAAUACGAUCGACGAGCGAUUAAGCGAAAAGCGCGACGAGGAGAGGCCUGGGCGUAUUCUUUCCCAAGGAAUCCGAAGAAACGGUGGCGCGGAGGAUUCGAGUGGUGACGCGUGAGAAACUAUUUGCGCUUUCUAAUUUGAAAUGUCGGCGAUCUUCUAAAUUACAGGAGCCGCCGACUAAAUGAAACGCGAACCUCGAACAACCGCGACCUUGAUAUCUAGCCGAUAAAAAUCGUCAUCGACUGGCAAAUGCAACGCAUUGCAACAAACAAACGCGAUAAAAUCGUCCCUGGAAUCGUAAACGACGGAAAAACUAACGUCGCUUUUGCUCGACGCAACUUUGGUAGGAAACUUUGCAACUAGAAUUCUACUGAAUGUUGAAUACCAAUAACCGGAAGAUUGGCGACAGAGUUGAAACAUUGAAAUUUAUUUCACGAUGCGAAGCUACGAAACGGUCGACAGGAGUUUGUCUGGAAGUCGGGAAAUGGAGAGAGAGAGAGAGAGAGAGAAAGAGAGAGAGAGAAAGAGGCGGUGGAGUUCCUUUCGUCAAUGCAUCAGCAUGCGCAUCUGGAAUCGGAGGAUCCGCGCGCGGCAUGCAACGACGUGUGUGUUCACAAAAUCCAUUUUAAGAGCGAACCGAUUUCGUAAGGAGAUCGAUGCAACGCGUUACGAGGACGUGGCCCGAGGUGUGACUAAGCUUCUACGGUAUAGAUAUCUCUCUCCUCCGCGGCGCUACGCGAACGAAGCCUCGAGAGAGGAUGGCAGGCCCUGUUUUUCUUGCCUCACGCAUACGAUCCCGACCGACGAUGGCCUCGGACCUCUGUUGCGUUACACUUUUGCCACGCCCCGAUCGGACGGGCAAGCUCAUCGCGAAAGUGAAACGCAAUAAAAGAGUCACAUCGAAGCGAGAGAGUCUCGACAUCCAUGAAACGUUAACAGAGAGAUACAGCCGAGAGAAGGAACGAACGAAUCGACGAGUCCUCGCGGAUCCAGACGAAGAGAACGGUGGACGAACGUCCGAACGAGGAGAAAGAAAGAUCGAUCGAAACCCACGAGCCUUGGAAAUCGAUUUCCUCGCCACCUCCCACAGUCACCGAUCCGACGUAUUUCGACCGAAAUUCCGCAGUCGGUUUAACUCGUCGAUCCCCGAUCCCCGAACCCCGAUCCCGUUGCACGUGCUACUCCUCGAAUGUCUCCUCUCCCUUCUGUCUUCGUUUCGUUUUCAGAAAUCAACUCGUACGCGAGCGUAUACUCGAAUAAAGCUAACACCGCGAUUCUUCUCUUCUCGUUCUAAAUCGUUCAACGUAAUAGCGAAGCGAAGCCACCACUUUCCAGAAAAAUACGCGAAUCUCCGUUUGGAGUGGUCGCUAGUUUUCACGCUAGGCGAUCCGUCGACCAGUUGCCUGAAAAAAAAAAAAAGAGGCCGCGAAAUUUCUCGGAGACGAGUCUAUCCACAAAAUCGCGGCAUGUUCUCACGUCCGAGCGCCGGUUUUUUCGAUCUCAUCUCGUUCCAGUUUGCACGCGUGAUUUCACUGGACAGGUUAGCACGAUUCGAAUUACGACAGCCUGUUGUUACGAGGACAGGGAAAAACGUGGUACGAAAAAGAUCCGACGCUUUGCAAACCCUGCUAGAAAUUGCGAUUCCAUCGUGGUGUUGGAAAUGCUCGCUCUUACCUUUCGAUUUCGAGACGCGAUUAAACGGAUUCCCCGGCUCCUGUUUUCCAAUCAUUGUAUAUAGAUUAGUAAGAACGCGCGAUAUUUUAGCGAUACGAAUCGUAUUAGCGAAUUAUAAUAUAAUAAAAUACAUGUACCUAUAUAGCUGCUAGAAUUUGAAACGAGGCUCAAUUUAGUUAGUCGAAGUCGUCGCAAAGGUAUUAGUUCAUCGCGCGUCGGCGAGUUCCGCGAGAUCUAAAUACGAGCGUUAUCGUUCCGGCGACGAACCGAGACGAACUCGUCGAUGGGCGAAUCGCUAGAAGCAGCUAAUCCCGCGAACGAUCUGCGUGCAAUUUCAACGAACGAUCUCACCCAAACGCGUUCGUCUGUCGAGCAUCGACUCGAGGGAGAAUGGUGCGCGAAAUGCAUCGAAAUCGAGUUUGCUUGAAACGACGGGGGUGAUAGUUCUCGCGCGUCGUCCUACUCAUCGCAACUAAACAUAGUCAGCCCCGCGCAACGUGUACCAGGCGGAUCGUGAAAGAGUACCGUUUUAAUGAUAUUGAUAUAUAUACGUAUAUAUGUAUCAAAUAGAUAUAUAUAUAUAUAUAAACAUAGAGUUGUAUAUGCAAAAUGGAUAUAAAUAUAAUAUAUAUGUGCGUGCGUGUGUGUGUAAAUCGCACGACGAUUGUGAUUUCACCGAGGUUACCGAGUUAUACGUAUUUACCGUUUAGCCAGAAACAGGCGCCGCGCCGCCAGCCGACCAAGCUAUCAAGCGCUCGUUACCUUUUAGAACCGCUAGCUCGUAAGUUUGCGCAGGUGUUGUCCAUCCACGCUCAGUUUUGUCUCUUAUUUUCCUUUUUCCUUCGUUUUUUUUUUUUUUUUUUUUUUUCACAUAGUCAAAUUUCAAUAGGGCGACCCAACGCCGAUCGAAUCGCAGGGAUCACUGUCACCACGAGAUCAACGAAUCCUCUGCCUCCAUAUGUGUCGCGUCCCUUCACCUUUCGUUUCAAUUGUAAAUUUGAUUGCAAUCGUAAAGUUGAACGGACGUUCGUACACGUUCGCUAGUGUGGAUGAUCUCGUCGCGAAAACGAAAGAUAUUACCGCUCUUUUCUUACGAACGAUUUUCCUUCUUAAGUGCUCCUACUUUAUACUUAAGUUAAAAAGAACACACACACACUGUCUGUUUUAGCCCCCGUAGUCGCGCGUCCUGUAGAACAUAGUGGUGAACUGUAUAUAUGUUUAUAUGUAAUAUUCGAUUUGAAAAAAUAUAUAUAUGGAUGUACACAUACAGAGAAAGAGAGAGAAACGAA